GUUACAUGUUAUAUUGUCACCCUCCAGCUUAAACAUGAUUCAUAAUAUAUAUAGACUAUUGGGAAUAAAACAACCACUUAUUUAAUUCAGAUUUUUACAGGAGGUGCAAACCAAUGGUAUAGUUGCUGACUUGUCAUCAUGAGGAGGAAUACAGUGACCUUACUCAAGUUUUUAGUAGCAGCUGUACUAUGUAUUAUGGCCAUCAAAUAUUUCACAGGGGGUCAUGGAGGGGCACAGGAUGUAUAUGUUGAAAGCAAGUUUCCUCAUGAAGGAGGAGGAGGUGGUGCUGGAAACAAACGGGCAAUGAUCAUUAGUGAUGGAGACAUGAAAAAAAUAGAUUGGCAUAAUUAUAAACAGAUAGCAGAAGAAAAACAAAGAACAGGUCCUGGUGAACAGGGACAGUCUAUCAUUUUGGAUGCUGCAGAUGAGAAGAAAAAAGCAGACUUAUAUAAAGUGAAUGGUUUUAAUGCCUUUGCCAGUGAUAAAAUCUCCCUGCAUCGGUCUAUGAAAGACAUUAGACAUCCUGAUUGUAAAAAUAAGAAGUACUGGAAUAAACUACCAACAGCCAGUGUAAUAGUCCCUUUCCAUAACGAGCACUGGACCACAUUACUGAGGACUGCAUGGAGCGCUGUGGAGAGAUCACCACCAGGGCUUCUCAAAGAGGUCAUAUUGGUGGACGAUUUUAGCAGUAAAGAGUUUCUGAAACAGAAGUUAGACGAUUAUGUUGCUGCAGAAUUCAAAGACUUUUCCACCAUUGUAAAAGUUGUUAGAGCAAAGAAACGUGAAGGAUUGAUAAGAACAAGGUUACUGGGUGCUAAAGCUGCUACAGGGGAUGUACUCAUCUUCCUAGACUCUCAUUGUGAAACUAAUGUCAACUGGUUACCUCCUCUUCUUGAUCCAAUACAAGAAGAUUAUAAGACUGUAGUAUGUCCAUUUAUUGAUGUGGUAGACUAUGAAACAUUUGCCUACAGAGCACAGGAUGAAGGUGCUAGGGGUGCGUUUGAUUGGGAAUUCUUCUACAAAAGAUUACCUUUAAGGCCAGAAGAUCUAAAACAGCCAGCUGAACCUUUCAAUUCACCAGUAAUGGCAGGCGGUUUAUUUGCUAUUAGUUCUAAGUGGUUCUGGGAGAUGGGUGGCUAUGACCCAGGACUAGACAUCUGGGGUGGAGAACAAUAUGAACUAUCAUUUAAGAUAUGGCAAUGUGGAGGUAAAAUGAUAGAUGCCCCUUGUUCCAGAAUAGGUCAUAUCUACAGAAAAUUUGCACCUUUCGCUAAUCCUGGAGUGGGAGAUUUUGUUGGAAGAAAUUAUAAGAGAGUUGCUGAGGUAUGGAUGGACGAGUAUGCCACUUAUUUAUACAAUCAUAGACCCCAUUAUAAAUCUAUAGACCCUGGAGAUCUAACAGAACAGAAGGCAAUCAGACAGAAACUCAAAUGUAAACCAUUUAAAUGGUUCAUGAAGGAGGUAGCCUUUGAUUUAGAGGACUAUUACCCUGCAGUAGAACCACCUCCUUUUGCUAAUGGCGAGAUCAGAAAUGUUGGAGCCAAUAUGUGUAUAGAUACACGAUUUAAAGGACAGAAUGAAAGAUUUACAAUAGAACCUUGUAUUAAAGAUGGUGGAAAUGCCGGAGGGGAACAGAACAUAGAGUUAACCUGGCAUAAAGACAUUCGUCCAGGAAGGAGAUCUGUUUGUUUUGAUGUAUCUCAGUCUAUAAGGAAAGCACCAGUACUGUUAUAUAACUGUCAUGGUAUGAAGGGAAAUCAACGAUUCAAAUAUAAUAUAGACACAAAACAAAUAUAUCAUCCAAUAAGUAAUCAGUGUUUAGACUGUGAUCCAAGUAAUAAAGAACUAUUUAUGAAUCCAUGUGAUCAGUCGUCAGAUACACAGAAAUGGAAAGUAGAACAUAUAGAAGAAGAUAAAGUUAAACAGGAAUGGGGUGCACCUUAAUGUAGGAGGAAUUCAUAGGUGAUUAUGUAAAAUGAAUGGUGUGCAUAAACCAUGUGUAAAUAUUUAGUGGGAAAAGGCAAGUCUGUAGCAAAUGUAUUGUAAAAAUGAGGUAUGCAAUUUUAAUGGUAUAUUGUUGUUUUUUUAUAUGUGAUUUAUUUAUUAUUUGAACAUUUUUAAAAUAAAUAUACAUUCCAUCAAUUUUUAUCCUUUGAAAGUAAAGUGGUAUACACACAUAUGUGUGACUGUGUAUGUUUAAGUAAAAUAAGGAAUUUGUUGAUGGUGUUUUGAUCUAUGCUGUGUAAAUGAAGAAGUGUGAUGUGACGUGUGUUAAGAGUUUCUGCUGGUGUGUUUGUGAAAUUAUCAUGUGUGACUGAAUUGUUGUAAAUAUUGAAUAACUAUGUGUUUGCUGUAAUAAGAAACUAAUAGACCACUUUCGAGUUCAUCCGUCACUGGAAAAAACUCGUUAAUUAUAUGCGCCUUUCUGACGUCAUUUACUAGAUAGAGGGGCUCACCUGUAUCCCUGCACUAUAAAUGUUUAUCAAGCGUCUAAGUGAUCGUCGUUGUGCAGGGUUAACUAGAAAUUAAGUUUGUUCGGUGGGUACUUAAUCACAAUUCCCUAAUGACAGCGGUGCAGAUUGUCAAUUAUGAGAAUUUGAUUUGCCGAACAAUUUGUGCAAUAUAGCUUUAAAGUUUUUUAACCACUCGCUCAACAUUUAAACGGAAGUCAUAACGCACCUAAACACACGAGUGACGUUUACUAAAACCAAAGUUUUUGAUGGAAAUGCAACGAACUCGAAAGAUGUCUAUUCAUAGAUUGGUAAAAAUGCAUGUGAAUGAAGGUUUCCAGCUCACAGCUACUUAAAUACAUCAAGUGUCUCAUUAUUUGUCUAAUAUCCAUUUUGAUAUCCUUAUAUUUAUGUGCAGUCUUUAAUAGCAAAACACAUUUAUGUUCUUAUUGAAACUGAAUUGAGAUUUCAACAAAUGUCCUUCAAAAGUAAAAUUCCUGUAGCUACCUAUUAAAAACCUUUUAUUAUUUAAUGUCAUUUAUUUGUUCUUUCUGAUGAUUUUCUUAAAAAAAAGUAUUGCUUUUAAGAUUAAAACAGGUUUAUUUUGUUUAAGAAAUUAAAUUAAAUAUUUGCAAGUGUUUCUUAUUUUGGAAAAGGAAGAUUAUAUUGAAACAUUUUCUGAUUAAAAAUUUACAAAGGAUUGACACUUCUUUUGUACUCAGCAUUAUAUUUAUCAUUGUUAGUAUUGAUACACUGUGUACUGCUGAUAUCAGAAUACUUAAAGCAUGUAAUACUUAAAAAUACUUUGUUUUCCUUUUUUUUCUAUUUUGUAGAGAUAUGGUGCUAUGAAAAGCUUCUUUUAUAAAUUUGGUAAUUAAUUUGUAAGGAUACAUAUUAUUAAAAAAUGUAUAAAUAUUCUGGGUUUUUUUCUAUCUUUUUUUUUUGUUUUUUGAUAAAAGCCUUUAUAUUAAAUGACUUUUGGUAUGUUGCAUUUUUAUUUAAAUAUAUAUUUUUUAUCUAUUCAAUAUAAAUAUGUUGAAAUAUUUUUGAUGUUAAGUUAUAACAAUAAUUGCAAUACUAAACUUCACUGCCGUCACGAAGCAAAAGUACAUUGACAUCUAUUUAACAACUGAGUUUAUUUUUCUGCAGAAACAUAACUUGUUUACUUAUUUAAGCUUUUUUCACAAAUUGUUUGAAUGUGGAUGCUACGCAAGACGGUGACAAUUAUGUAUUGCCUAUAUUAAAAAAUAAAAAUCUCAGUUUGUUUUAAGAAAUUUCAUACUUUCAGUUAGAUAAAAGCAUAACAUCAUAAUCGUCACAAAAAGCUAGGAAAUUACAACAAUUUGGCCUCUCCUUGCUUAUCCCCCCUCCCCCCCAAAAAAAAAAUAAAAUUGGUUAUUUUUUACUCCUACUGAAACAUUCCUUUAUUUUUCCGGUAAAUCAUUUUAGAUUGUUAUGGUUAUAUGGUUUUUGACCAAGAAGAUUUACAUAAUUUAUAUUUUGAUAAAAUGACUUCAUGAUUUAAGCUGCCUUGGAUAAAAAUCAACCUUAUACAAAUGAAUAUCAAUACACGUAUCUGUGAACUUAUUUUAUCUGUGAACUUAUUGUAUCUGUGAACUUAUUUUAUCUGUGAAGUUAUUGUAUCUGUGAACUUAUUGUAACUGUGAACUUAUUGUAUCUGUGAACUUAUUGUAUCUGUGAACUUAUGGUAUCUGUGAACUUAUUUUAUCUGUAAACUUAUUGCAUCGGUAAACUUAUUGUAUCUGUGAACUUAUUUUAUCUUUGAACUUAUUGUAUCUGUGAACUUAUUUCAGGUUGAAAUUUGACAAAAUCUAUAUGCAAAGUCUGUAACUAUUUGAAAAUUUAGUUGUUAUAAGAACCCUUUAAAUAAAUCCAAAUUCAUCUUUUAUUUUGCAUUUGAUUGUCCAAAAAUCCAAAAAUGGCUUAUAUAUGUACAUGUGAACAUGAACUUGCAUACGCUUGAUUUCUAUCUGACGCAGCUUAUUUGUUAAUAUUCGAUUUUGUAAUCAUAUUUGCUCCUCAGUAUAUUUUCUUAUUUUGUAUUGUCUCACCUGCAACAUUUAUUGGAGAAAUGAUAUACAAGUUUUCUAUCCUAAAAGAAAAGUUAAGUUUGUAUGCUUUCCAUAAAAUAUCCGUAUUGAGAGUAAAGGAGCUGAAUAGUCCAUAUUUAUAUACGUCUUUAGUUUCUAUCCCUUGUCCACUGUUCGGUGACUAUGUGAUCUGGCCUUGAAGGCAUAAAACUUUGCUCAGUGCUCUGAGCACAAAAAUCAUGCUUGAAACAUGAAAUCCAGCAAUUUGAUUGGUAGAUUUUUCGAGUCUGAGUACAAAAAUCAUGCUCGAAGGUUUUAUGACCGUGAGGCCAGAUUUGUAUAGGUUUAAGAAUUAUAUGUUUUGUCCCCCAAUUAUUGUUAAUAAAAGGUCAGCACUAUUUAAUACAUAAAAUCAGUGUGAGGUGUGCAUGUCCAUCUGACCUAGUUCACUUGACUUUUAUCUUAUGUCAUGGUUCAUUAAUCAUACAUAAAGUCAGUGUGAGGUGUGCAUGUCCAUCUGCCCUAGUUCACUUGACUUUUAUCUUAUGUCAUGGUUCAUUAAUCAUACAUAAAGUCAGUGUUAGGUGUGCAUGUCCAUCUGACCUAGUUUACUUGACUUUUAUCUUAUGUCAUGGUUCAUUAAUCAUACAUAAAGUCAGUGUGAGGUGUGCAUGUCCAUCUGACCUAGUUCACUUGACUUUUAUCUUAUGUCAUGGUUCAUUAAUCAUACAUAAAAUCAGUGUGAGGUGUGCAUGUCCAUCUGACCUAGUUUACUUGACUUUUAUCUUAUGUCAUGGUUCAUUAAUCAUACAUAAAGUCAGUGUGAGGUGUGCAUGUCCAUCUGACCUAGUUCACUUGACUUUUAUCUUAUGUCAUGGUUCAUUAAUCAUACAUAAAGUCAGUGUGAGGUGUGCAUGUCCAUCUGACCUAGUUCACUUUACUUUUAUCUUAUGUCAUGGUUCAUUAAUCAUACAUAAAGUCAGUGUGAGGUGUGCAUGUCCAUCUGACCUAGUUCACUUGACUUUUAUCUUAUGUCAUGGUUCAUUAAUCAAUGUUAAAUUUUCAUUUUAAAUAGUUCAGGAUCUUGACAAAAAAAAGUUUCAUAUCAUUCAGUUCUAUUAUGCAGCAGCAUGAAAAAAAUUUCAGUGUGUCCUCUCAUAUUUGCUUGUUAUAUUUAAUUUGUCAUUAAGCAUCGUAAUUAUUUCUGUGGGAAAAAAGUUCUUUUCUCUGCAUAGUACAAUCAAAAUACUUGUUCCGUGUGAUUUUUGUCUCUUCUGUUCUGUAGGUGUGAAUUUUUAACUUUGAAAAACCAAUAGUGUGUAAUUCCUCAUGUUUUGAUUUGUUCGUCUUUUGGUUUUUUGAAUUUUACUUUUUAUGUUCUAAUGUAUAGUAUUAUGAAAUUUUUCUAUUUUUUCUUUUUGUUUCUUUUGUGUUUUUUUUUUUUUUUACCUAUGAUUAUCAACUAAAGCUUUUGUGUAGUGUGUUUACAAUUUUUUUUAUUUCAUACUAAUUUUAUAUGGUAAAGAUUUGCCUUUGUGGAAAUUAAUGCAAAUAAGUCCUUAUCAGUCUUUUAAAAACAUAUGAACUUACUUUAGAUUUUCUUCUAUAGAAAAAAUAAAAACAGUGUAUAAUAACAUUUUAACACUAGAGUAUUCACAGAUAAUGUUGGUUCUAACAACGAAAAGUUUGCAAAGAAAAUUGUAUGAUUACAUAUCAGAUUACAUUUCUAUUAUAAGUAUGGAAGUUGGACAGAAACAUUUUUUUUCAUUCUUGCUUUCGUUAGAAGUCUUCUUUUUGCAUUAUUAUAUAACUUUCACAUUAGCUUACAAAAAUUCCAUAGAAAUGAUUCUGUUUCCUGCCCAUGAAUUGUGUACAUAUAGAUAUAAGAAGAUGUGGUAUGAGUGCCAAUGAGAUAACUCUCCAUCCAAGUCAAGAUAAUUAAUAAAGUCCCUACCAAGAUAUUAUAUUCCAAAUGCAGUUAUGUACUUUCAAGCAAAACUUAUACUUCUAUACCUUUUAUAUGAAAAACGAUUUUAUUUAUGGAAAGAUCUAUAAGUAUUGUAAAUUAUGCUUCAAAUGAUAUGAUAAUACAUGUAGCUAUUUCAUGUUCCAUUUAAGAUAUCUAAAUGUCAAUUUCACGUUCUUUCUGUCAGAGCCCAUUCAAAAAUAAUACUUAUCAUUUUGUGUUAAUACUCAUUUAGAACCAGUGCAGCCUGGAAGUUUCAUCAUAACUUUUAAGAUUUUUUUUAAAAAUCCAUAUAGCUGUUUACUCAAACUGAAGGGUCAGCAUUGGUUUUAUCAUAAAUGUGAAUGACCUCUUGUAUUGUAAAUUUGAUAAUUUGCAUGCAUUUAAAUAUCCAUUUUUGUUAGAAAUUAAAAGAAAAUUAUUUCAAGAAAUGGUACAUGCAAAUUUUGUCCUUGUAACUUUCGAAAUUAUAAAAAUAUAGCAAAAAUCUCUGAAUUUAUAGUAUUGUCAUAGAUUUAUAAAUAUGUACUUUUAAAAGAGUUCUAUCUAAUUCUUUUAAAUGUGAAAAGAAUAUCUCCUUGUAGGCUAAAACUUUAAAAAAUUAACUAUCAACACAUGAAAAUGUCUAUUGAAUGUACCUCUUCAUUUUUAUCCAAGUCCCUUUGAGUUAGAUCACAAAAAUCAGUUAUGUUGGUGUAAAUCAUUUAAUUUUGUUGUUGCAUGAACUACCUCAAGUGAGAAAAAAGAUAAUGUUUUUAGUUUUCUUUAAUGGGAAUUGUAUGCAACUAGCAAAUGUAAUGUUUAUCUGUAUUAUUGUGUCUGAUUCUCAAUUGAAAUUUUUGUCUUAUUAAUUCUAUAAGUGCAGCUAUAUUUUUCAAUGAAAGCAAAAAACAAACAUACAUUGAAUGGUUAUGGUUGUCAGGUUUAUUUUUCCCUCAUUUUAAAUGUACAUUUAUAAAAGCACGAUAGCAGAUGACUAAAUUGUUGCUAGAAGCCAUAUUGAUCUUGAUGUAAAAUAGAAAAGCUUCAAAUAUAUGUUGAAAAUAUUCAAACAACUGUCAAGUUGAAGGAUAGCAAUUUAAAAAGUAUUGUGCCAUAGAUAAAUUUAUUAUUUUAUAGCAUUUCAUGAAAUGUUUUUCAUGUAUAUCUUUCUCAUAAUGUUUCUUUUGUGGAAUUAUUUCAAAAUUUAUUUUUGAUUAUAUGUUGAUAAAUUAGGUAUUGUUUACCACCUGAGAAUGAUUUAUUGUAAGUUUACUAUAUAAAAUAAUUUAGAAUAUAACACAUAUUUUCUGGAAAUGAGUAUUUUAUUCUUUAGUUUAAAUUUUGAAUAUGCAUGCAUAUGAAAUUUAUGGAAUAUUAAUUUCAAUUUCUAAAGUGCCAUAAAUUAUGGAUUUUUUAAAUAUUUUGUAUCCAAUGUUUUUGUUAUGAGCAUAUAUGUACAUUUUGUUUGUGACUAGAAUAUGGAGCCAUUCUGUAAUAAGAUGGUGUUCAGAUUGGCAUCCUUAGAGGUUAUUAUUGCAUGUUGGCAUGCUUAGAGGUUAUUGUUGCAUGUGUUUCAUAGAUGUGUUGAUUUGUUUAUGCACCAUAAAUUAUUAGUUAUAAAGAAAGACAUUUUUAAGUUAUCUCCCCUUAACAAAGCUUUCUAGCAGAGAUGAUACAAGUGAAAUAAAGACCUGGCCUUGAAGGCAUAAAACUUUGCUCAGUGCUUGGAGCACAAAAAUCUUGCUCGAAACAUGAAAUCCAGCAAUUUGAUUGGUUGAUUUUAGAGUCUGAGUACAAAAAUCAUGCUCGAAAGUUUUAUGACCGUGAGGCCUGAUCUAGACAGAAAAAAAGAACCAAAUACAAAAGUAGAUUACAGAUGUUCAAAGGGAUGGUUGUAACUCAUAAAACCUAAUGGAUACCGCCAAAAGAAAACAAAAUUGGAUGAUUUUAUGAUUAGAAUAACAGUUGUUUUAAAUGAUCUACAGUGUUUCUGUAUAUGUUGUCAUUUGUUUUGUUUAGUUUAGUUUUUCUUUUUAUCAGUUGUUUCCUCUUAUAGUUCAUGUGUUUUCCUUUGUUUUAGUUUGUUACAGGAAUUUGUAUUUGCUUAAUCAAAUUAUGACCAUUGAACAGCAGUAUACGAUUCUUACCUUUAUUUAAGGCAUAUAAACUGUGAGAAACAAGAUUUAUUUUGGCAAUCAUGGAGGGGUCGCAUACUUCCUAUGUAAUUCCUAGAUUUGCCUCUACGAUAUUCAAACAUUGAAUGUCUUCAUCAAGAAAAGAGCAGAAAGAAUAAAUCUUAUAAGAAGGGAGAUAAAUUGCUCCUUUUAACUGAAAUAACAAAUUGUAUCACUAGGUGAAGAUGUAAAGGGAGAUAACUGAAUUAUGUUUCUCAAUGUUCACAGGUAGUGGUGUAGUUUAAUAUGUAAAUUUUGUUUGUAUGAUGUAGUGUCACAUUGACCAGUUACAUGUGUUAAGUUGAAUUCUAAAAAGAAAAUCUUUAGUUUUUUUUUACUCUCAGGGUAGUUCUUUUUGUGACUACUGUAAUUGUUUCUCUAUUUUGAAGUAUUUGAUUAAUUCUAAAACUGUGUAUCCAUAUAUGUCUUCUUUUCAUUUGAUGUCAAAAGAUUUUUUAUAGACUUUAGUAACAUUAUAAAAAGAUGUAAAGUAAAAGAUUUUGUUCUUGCAAAUUAACUGUAUGAGCUAAAAGUAUUUAGUAAAAAAGUGAAAAUACUGUUUUAUAUAUUUAUUUAUUUAGGUUUGUUAAAGUUUAUGCAAUACCUGUUGAUACAUAUGUAGUAUAUAUAUACAUGUAUAUUCCAAUUGCAGUAAGCUGUUGUUCUUUUGAAUACAGAUAUUUAAAAAAUAUACUAGUAUUUUCUUUACUUAUACCAUGGCUUAUAGUUUCAAAAUAUUGACUCAUGAUUGAAAUUAACUGCUAGUCUAUGUAAGAAUCAGGCAAUUUUGGAAAAAAACAAAACAUGGAAGGAAAAAAACCACUGACCUAACCAUCCUAUUUUGAAGUUACUCUCGACCUGUAGGUUAUGAAUUAGAAAUGGUAGGUCUUUCUUUUCUGUGUCUCUGAUUAGCUGAGAAAUUGGAUACAUUUUGGUUAGAAUGAUAUCAAAUUACAGAGUGAGCUCCCCUUAAUUGUUACAGUCUAGUGCAUUUCAACGAAAUUAUCGCUUGAAUUACCAGAACGGGACAAGGAAACCAAUUUCAUAUUCGUGCACCAUUAUACAUUUUAAAAACAUAAAUUAAUGUCAACUUGAGUGGGCUUUUGUUUGUCAUGUUUUCACAACUGCCUCAUCAGCCUGAUUCUUAGGUAGAUUGGCACUUAAACUUAUCCGUCAACAGAAUAUAAAAAACUGAUCUGUUAGUUCAACAUGAGAAAUGCUGAUUAUUGAUCUGUAGAUGAUUACUGAUCUCAAUACGAUUCCUGGAAAAUGUGGGGAUUAAAAUUUACAUUUGA